UAUCCUUUAGGAUUUUUUCCUGGUAGUUCCCAAAAUUGUGAAGCCUUUUUAAGGCAUAAAAUGACUCUUAUCUCUCCUUCAAUACUGAAGAAAUACAGCAUUCCAUUUGAAAAGAUCACUCAGGAAGCUGGUGAGUUUAUGAUUACUUUCCCCUAUGCCUAUCACGCUGGUUUCAACCACGGUUUCAAUUGUGCCGAGUCCACCAACUUUGCUACGGAGAGAUGGAUUGAGUAUGGCAAGCAAGCAGUUUUGUGCUCAUGCCGUAAAGACAUGGUGAAGAUUUCAAUGGAUGUUUUUGUCAGGAAGUUCCAGCCAGACCGCUAUGAACAGUGGCUGGCAGGGCGAGAUACGGUGCCCAUCGACCACUCAAAGCCCACCCCAGAGGCUAGGGAAUUUCUGGGCAACUCUUUCAGCAGCAGUGAUAGCAGCUUCAACGAGAUUGGCUAUGAGGAUGGAGAAAGGAAAAGCACACAACGCAUAGAGGCCAAGAGACACCGUGUUUGUUUGGAGGUGCCUGACGAGGUUGUCCCCAAAGAUGAGGAUGAUGACGAGGCGUAUGGAAAGAGGCCCAGGCUGAGCCUCAUCCCUCACCGAGCAGUGACACACGAUGGCAGAAGAAAUAAAGGGCCGCCAAAGUUGGUUGUCACGCCAACAAAGCUUACGCUCAUGGACCCAUUUCAUAGGAGCAUGUCGCAGAGCAACGGUGACGGAGGCCGUCCUCCUCAUUACACCAAGACUCGAGCACCUGCAAUCUGUUCUCAGACGAGGCCCAGAAAUGGGCAUCUGUCGGUUUCAGCAGCGCCGAUGUGGACAGAAGCCCCCGCUCAACACGUGCGUAAAAUGGGCGUGGCCAGUCUGCUCUUCCACAAGACUUUGAGUUCAAAAGACACUCUCCUGGUGCAAAGCUACACGUCAGAAAAGCAGCAGGAUCAUCACAAGCAGCUCCAAAUCCACAGCUACGCUAAGGAGCAGCAGCCUCGUCGCCUUCAGAGCAAAGCUUGCACGCUGACCCAGGUCCAGGCUUUACCCAUGGCGCUGGGCCAAGAACUAGCACAGCUUCAGCCUGGAGCCUCAGUUCUUCAGAUACAAGAGAAACUUAAUGAAUCACAAGUACACCAGAACCAAAACAAUGGCGAGCCUGAAAAAAUACAGUUCAUUCAAGACCCAGCUAGAAUGGAGAAAGCCAAAGCUGAGGCCAGGUCGCCCCCCCCACAGAGCCGUACACACCUCCAUGACCUCAGCAAAGUCAAGAUGGAGGCUUCCAGAACCAACAAACAAAAGAGUUACGAGUGUCCACUACUGGACAGUGGCAUUAUCGUCCUGAAAGACACCAUUCCUGCAGUGCAACACAAGCAGGAUGAGGUCCAGGUGAUUCCUCACACUUAUCAGGUAUUAGAAGAGCAGUCUUACUGCAAGCUUGAGUCAAAAAAACAGGAGCAGGAAGAAGAGCUUUGUUCACUGCCUCGCCAUCACCCUCUUCUGAUCAGAGAGAUGUGCGGUGAUGAAGAUCAGGAUGUCAGCAUAGAGGUCGAACAAGAAGAGAAGGAGGAGUGGGCAAAGCCUCUGACCCAACUGUGGCAGAGUCAGCCUUACAACCCCCAGGCAGAGUGGGACUACAACAAAAUUAUGGGCCAGCAGCCUCCUUACUGCUCCAUCUGUCUGCUGUUCUACACUUACCACCAGUCUGAGUCUGGCAACGAGAGCUCCAGCUUGAUGCUGGUGAACCGCCCAGGAGGCCGUCAGUGGUCCAGGCCGCUCAUCCCUGAAAUGUGCUUCAACGCGCAUUCGGCCAGAGCAAACGAUGGCGUACAGGGUCAGCUGUCCAAUCCUCACGUCGCUGAGGAUGGAACGAGCCGCCUCAUCAGCUGUGCUCAGUGCUGCGUUCGAGUGCAUACAAGUUGCUACGGUGUUUCUGGAGAAGAGGCGGAGUUGGACGGCUGGCUAUGUGCUCGCUGUGAGGCGAGUGCCAUCACUGAGGACUGCUGCCUGUGUUCACUGAGAGGUGGAGCCCUGCAGAGAGCCAACAAUGACAAAUGGGUCCAUGUUCUGUGUGCCAUCACCGUCCUGGAGGCGCGUUUUGUCAACAUCACCAACCGCAGCCCCAUCGACCUCUCGGCCAUCCCGCUGCCUCGCUUCAAGCUGAAGUGUGCAUGCUGCAGGAAGCGGAUGAAGAGGGAGGUGAAGGGCUGCUGCGUCCAGUGCUCCCAUGGCCGCUGCUCCACAGCGUUCCAUCCCUCCUGUGCUCAGGCAGCUGGCAUCCUCAUGCACCCAGACGACUGGCCGUUCGUCGUCUUCAUCACCUGCCACCGGCACAGAGCGCCCGUCCUACCUGAGCGCAACAAGGCCUCUCUGAGAGAUCUGUCAGUGGGCCACAAGGUGAUCUGUAAGCACAAGAACUGCCGCUACUACUACAGUGAGGUGGUGGAGCUGACCACCGCCACCUUCUACGAGGUGGUGUUUGACGACGGCUCGUACAGCGACAAUCUCUUCCCAGAGGACAUCGAGAACCGGGAUUGUGUCCGGCUCGGCCCGCCCUCCGCAGGUCAGCCUGUCCAAGUGCGAUGGACAGACGGCCUUCUGUACGGAGCUAAGUUUGUAGCAUCCCACUCCGUCCCCAUGUACAUGGUGGAGUUUGAAGAUGGAUCACAACUCACGGUGAAGAGAGAAGACAUUUACACACCUGAAGAGGAUUUGCCCAAACGAGUCAAGUCUCGAAUGUCGGUGGCGUCGGACAUGCGCUUUGAGCUAUUCACACAGAGCAACGUCAAACAGAACUCCAAACGACAGCGAGUCAUCAACUCCCGAUACAGAGAGGAUUACAUAGAGCCUGUUAUCUACCGAGCCAUCAUGGAGUGACUGCUGCCAUGUUUUACCAAAAUAAAUCACUAUGGAAACGUGAAAGUCUUCAUUUCUUUAGUUUUCUAGCUCAUUGGUAGCCGUUCCUCUCCUUUCUUUGUUUUUCUUUCUUUUCUCUUUGUUUUCCUUUGCAUUCUUUCUCUUCCUCCAGAAGCCUCCAUAUUUCUUAACUACGGCUGGGACUUAAAACGACUCGUGCUUUAAAACAUCCUGUUAGACCUCUGUUCUCCAUUCUUCAGGAAGAAGCCAUUAAUCAGUGAAGUGUAAGCAUUAGGACUGAAUGGGACAGUAAGUUUAGAUUUUCUCUACUAUCACCGCUUCCUCAAGCUUUUCUGAUCAGGUUGCAGCUAUUUAUGUCCAACUUUCUGUUUAUUUUAACAAUAUUUGCUUCUAAAGGAAUUUUUUUUAUUUAACUAAUGCAGUUAAAAUGUAUGCUUUCUUCUUUUUGUCAUGAAGUGUUCCAACUUUGACCCCAAAGAGUUGUAGAUCCCGAAGAUGUUUUUUUUUUUUUUUAAUCAAGUUUUUCAGACUGUAAUUUUCAAUCGUAGAAUCAUUUUAAUAAAUUGAAUAGGAUCUGAUUAAGUAAGUGUGUAGUUAAGUCACAGCUCGUUAUGGUGCAUCUACUGUGAAGAUGGGAGGAAGUCUAUACAUGUUCUCUAAGCCUUACAUUUUAAAGGGCCAAGCUGAGGUUUUGGUUUUCUGUUUUUAUGUCCUGGGGAUUAUUAUAAAUAUUGUAAAUAAUAGUGUUACUUUAUUUAUGCAAAAUGCAUCCAGAUUGAGAAGAAAGCUAUUUUUGUCACAUGCUUUUCACCAAUCUAAAGACAACUUGAGAUGUAUUUAUAUUUAUUAUGCUGAGGGGUUUUAAAUUUUUAGAGUUUUUUUUUUUUUUUUGUUUCUUUAUUGUUUUUGUUCCUGUGCAGGAAAUGGAAGGUGACAACCUCCUGUUGUUCCAGAGUUUUUCUUGAAGCUAAAGCACUUAUUGUUUCUUUCAGGAAGUUUUAACCUUCGAUACAUCUCUGUAUCCUUGACAACCACCCUGAAAAUUUUAUUUUAUUUCCCCUUGUGUUUGUGUUUUUUAUUUCAACUAGCUGUAGAGUAUUAAAUUUCAGAUACUUUGAA